CUGAAAAACUGCUGUAGUGGGAGGCCAAAUGUAAUGACUUAAUAUGGAACCUGAAGUGGUAGGGAGCAGCUGUCAGCUUGAGCAAACCUGUGGCAAGCUGUGGCAAAUCUACUGGAGCUGGUUUAUGAAAAGCUCUCUCUGAAAUCACAAGGCAAUAGAUGAAGUUAAUAGGCUGAAGAGGAGACUCAAUGAAAUCAUGCAGCAGGAGAUACGGCCGCUCGUAGCAGUGGAUAUAAUAGAGCAGCUCCACAGGCAAUUUGCAAUCUUGUCAGGAGGAAGAGGGAAGGAUGGGGCACCCAUUAUAACCUUUCCAGAAUUUGCAGGAUUCAGUGAGAUACCUGAUGACGAUUUUCUGAAUGUGGUCACUUAUCUAACCAGCAUUCCCAGUCUGGAGGCUGCCAGCAUCGGAUUCAUCAUCAUCAUAGACAGACGACGGGACAAAUGGAGUGCAGUCAAGGCAUCCCUGACACGAAUAGCAGGAGCAUUUCCAGGAAACCUGCAGCUGGUGUUUGUCCUGAGACCCUCCCGCUUUAUCCAAAGGGCAAUCGCUGACAUUGGCAUUAAGCUCUAUCGAGAUGACUUUAAAAUGAAGGUACCGAUCAUCAUGUUAAAUUCUGUCUCUGAUCUGCAUGGCUACAUUGACAAGAGCCAGCUGACCCGGGAGCUGGGAGGAACCCUGGAGUACGGCCACAGCCAGUGGAUCCAUCACCGCACGGCCAUUGAAAACUUUGCAAUGACAGUAAAAACAACAGCACAGAUGCUACAGACCUUUGGAACAGACUUAGCAGAGACUGAACUUCCCAACGAUGUGCAGUGCACAGAGGAGCUUCUCUCCUCACACACUGAGCACCACAGCAAGCUGAAGGAUGAGCUGAAGCUAGCAGUGAAGCAGGGGGCCACCUUACUGACAUGCAUCCGGGAGCCAGUCACCCGAAGUGCCAACAGCAAACUCAGUCCAGAUGAACUGGAAAAUGUGGCCACAGUGGAAAGGUUGCUGGCUCAGUUGGAUGAAACAGAAAAGGCUUUUGAUCAAUUUUGGACCAAGCAUCAUCUAAAACUAGAACAGUGCCUGCAGCUUCGACACUUUGAACAUGAUUUUAGAGAGGUAAAAUUGACAUUGGAUAACCUCAUGGAAACACAAGCAGGUUUUACUGACAUUGGAGACAGUGUGACUCGAGUUGAGAACCUCCUCAAGGAACAGAAACAUCUGGAAGAGAAAGGACAGGAACCUUUGGAGAAGGCCCAGUCUCUAGCUCUCCAUGGAGAACAGCUCAUCCAAAACAAUCAUUAUGCAGUUGACUCCAUUAGACCAAAGUGUGUUGAACUCAGGCGGAUUUGUGAUGACUUUACCAAUGAGACCAAGAAAAAAUAUGAUAUUUUGGGAAAGUCUCUUGAGCUGCAUAAGCAGUUAGAUAAGGCAAGCCAAUGGUGCGAAGCUGGAAUCUACCUCUUAGCUUCCCAAGCUGUGGACAAGUGCCAGUCACAAGAGGGAGCUGAAACUGCACUCGUUGAAAUUGAGAAGUUCUUGGUAACAGCUAAGGAACACCAGCUCUCCAACCCGAAGGAGUUCUACAAUCAGUUUGACAUGAUCCUCACCCCUGAAAUAAAGGCCAAUGCCCAAAGAAUUGUACAAAAACUCGAAGAUGUGCAAGAAAUGUUUGACAAGAGGCAAGUAAGUCUGAAGAAGCUGGCAGCCAAACAGACCCGGCCAGUACAACCUGUUGCUCCACAUCCUGAAUCUUCCCCAAAGCGAGCAUCACCAAAGAUUACCAGACCAGCAGCAGUAGCUACCAACAGGAGGUCUACAGAAAUUUCCUGCCCUCCAAAGACCGUUUCUGAAGUAGAGUUAUCAAAAAAGAAAAGCAUUAAGAAGACAAAAGGUGGAAUUAAGAUUGAAGUGAUGCAUGAAGCCAGUCAAGGAGGAUCCAGCAGAGUCCUGGUGACCAGUGAAAGUGAUGAGAACUUGUCAACAAGGAGGAGCCACAUAAUCAAUGAGCUGAUAGAAACAGAACGGGUUUAUGUAGAAGAACUUCAAAGUAUAAUAGAGGGAUACGCUUCAGAAAUGGACAAUCCCAAUUUAGUACAUCUGAUUCCAUCUGCACUUCAGAACAAGAAGGAAAUUCUUUUUGGGAACCUCCCAGAAAUCUACUAUUUCCACAACAGGAUUUUCCUUAAGGAGAUAGAAAAUUGCAUUGAAAACCCUGAGCUUCUUGCCCGAUGCUUUUUGAAAAGAAAGGAGGACCUCCAAAUAUAUGAAAAGUACUGUCAGAACAAACCAAGGUCUGAAGCUCUCUGGAGACAGUGUGGAGACAGCAUCUUUUUUCAGGAAUGUCAGCGUAAAUUGGAUCAUAAGCUCUCACUUGAUGCUUAUCUCUUAAAGCCAGUUCAGAGAAUCACCAAGUACCAGCUGCUGCUAAAGGAAAUGCUGAAGUGCAGCAAGAAUUCAGAAGGCACUGCUGAAUUGGAAGAAGCCCUGGCCACGGUGCUUGAUAUCAUCAAAUCAGUAAAUGACUCCAUGCACCAGAUAGCAAUCACAGGAUAUGAGGGGGAUGUCAGUGAGCUUGGCAAGCUGUUGAUGCAAGGUUCCUUCAACGUAUGGACUGACCACAAGAAGGGGCACAACAAGGUGAAGGACUUGGCUAGAUUCAAACCAAUGCAGAGACACCUCUUCCUCUAUACAAAGAUGCUACUUUUCUGCAAGAAACGGGAGGAGAACACGGAUGGCCACGAGAAGACAGCUUCAUACAGCUUUAAAAAUUCAUUAAAGAUGAGCACUGUGGGCAUUACAGAAAAUGUAAAAGGGGAUAAUAAGAAGUUUGAGAUCUGGUAUAAUGGCAGAGAAGAAGUCUAUAUCAUUCAGGCAUCUUCUGUUGAGCUGAAAAACACCUGGAUUUCAGAGAUCCGCAAAGUCCUGACAGGACAGCUGGAGGCAUGCAGAGAAGCAAGUCAACUGCACCAAAGAAUCACUGAGAGUGUGUAUCAUGCACCAAUGGAUUCCUCUAAUGCAAGCAGGUAUAGCAGGAAGUCAUCAAGUAUAUAUGAAAACAAAUCUGAGACAUCAAAUGUGGAUGCAUCAAACAAUAAAAAUAGGAAUUCCAGUCCCAGCGCCAGACAAAAGAGAGGUUGGCCCAGCAGACAAAUGCCUUCUCUAGACACAUUUGAAGAUUUUGAAGCCAUCCCCUCCAGCAUGGAUGAACUCUCCAACUCUUCUGAUUUGGAGGAAGAGACCAACCCUAACAAUGGGAGCAAUCUCUUCCGGGUCGAAGGCAGCUUUGACAGCUGUUUCCCAGAUUCUCUUACUCUCGAGGAUGGAGAUUUAGUGCAGUUUGUGCAGGAAGGAGAGAAUGGCCAAUGGUUAGUGAAGAAACUGGUCUCUGAGAAAAGUGACUGGGUUCCCUCCAGCAUAUUGCAGCCAGCAGAGGGGGACAGUAACAGCAUAAUUAAGAGCAGCAAUGCAGACACGUACAACGAUUCCUGCAGCACAGCCUCAGUAGAGUCAGACACGAAGGAAAGUGAGGUGGCCAAAAGCUUCCCAGCAGAACAGAGGGCUGGCAGCUGAACAGCAGGACCAGCCUUCCUCAGGACCCUGUCCACCUGUCUUGAUCUUGGGUGGACACUGGAUCAAAGUUGCCUUUCUCACAAGCUCUGAGGUUCACAAUUCACUAAAAUUUUAUCAACAUGAACAGAUGAGAACUGUGCUGUCCACCUGGCAAGCUGGGAAAAACAAACUUGAAAGGAGCAUUAAACAUCCAGAAAACAUCAAACCUACCUUCAGUAUUACAGGAGAAAAAUGCUUCUCGCAUUGAUUAUCAAACUGUUUCAGAAGAUGUGGCCUAAAUUAGGUCGACAGCAGAGCUGAAGAGUCUCUAUGCACGCACCUUUUGGCAACUUUGCUUGAGCACCACAUCACUGCAGAGGGGCACGUGGUGGUUACCAGUCCUUGCUCCACCCUGGGGUCACCUGGAGGUUUUUCCAUUUGCUUGCCUCUGGCUGUGCCUUCCCUGUCCUCCUUAAUUCCAGCUGAUGCAUCAUCACAAAUGUGCCCUUUUUGCUGUCAGUCAACACCAAAAACACCCCACUUGAGGGUGGCUGUGGAAAGGAGAGUUCUGGCUGGGACCAUCAGGCUCCGUGCAGCGGUGACGUGACCCCGCUGCGGUGGCUGCUGACACAGCAUUCCACACCUGGCACGGUGCCGGUGGCAGCUCCUGCCUGGGAGGUGCAGGGCUAAGCAGGGAAGUAAAGACAUGUAACAGCUACUGUGACAAAGAACACUCUGAACUCUUUUUACAGUCUAAGUCAUUCCUCUGCCCCCUCUACAGUCUCUGGUUGCUGGAUCACAACCCUUUGCAUUCGGUGCCGAGAAUUCAGUUGAAUGCCAUUUACUGUCACAUGUUUGAGUAGACUGCAUGCUUUCCUUGUGUGCUGGGCUAUGAGUAGAUACAUUUCACCCCCCAUUUGGAAUAUACUUAAGCAUUGCAAAUAGGCAGUGAGCAUUAGAUGCUCCAAUGAGUGGAUAAAGUGUUGUUGUUAAAUACUUCUUUCCCGGAUGUUUGAUGAAAGGACUGUACCAAAUCUCUGCCACAUAAGGAUGUAAUGUAUAAUAUAAAGUGAUUACAGAUGAUAUGAUUCCUAUACAAGCCAUUAGCUCAUUUAGAGCAGCUGUUAAGGCAUGAAGGCAUUUUGAUGGUAAUUGGGUCUUAUGUCCCACAAAAGCUGCUAGUACUGAUAAAUACUGCUAGUGAAGAUAAAUAGCUAAACUAGCUAUUUAAACUAGCUGCUAGUAAAGAUAAAUAUUGACUAAGAUCUGCAAACAGGCAAAGAUCAGUUUGGUAAAAAUGAGCCCAGAAGAAGCUCAAGAGUGAGUGGCUUUCACUCUUAGGGAUGUUUUGUUUAACCCUCAGACUAGUGGUGCUUUAUGUAAAUAACAAAGGGCACUAAAAGCACUAGAAAUGGAGAUGAAGCAAACCAAAACCCACUCUUUACUAACUGAGCCUCUGAGCAAAGCAGUAGGUGUGUGUAUCAUUUCUGCUCUCACCUUCGCAGGGACUCGAAUGUUUUCCUUUGUGUCUCAGUGGAGGCUGGUGUUGCAAGUACCUUAGUGUGGGAGUCAGGAUAGCUGUGGAGCAGGCAGAUAGUCCUGCUUGAGAAAAAGCCUUGGAGCAGGUAAAGGCUCAGUCAGAUUUUUUUUUUUUGCCUGUGAAGAUUUAUUGCUUGAUUAUGAGUUGCACAGUGGUGAUUGAAUCCCAUGGCUCUUCUAACCCUCCAUAUCUAAACUCUGUGAUUUUUUACAUUUUCUGUUCAUGACUAAAGGACCUUUCUGGAAGUUUUUUUUUUUGUUCUAUAGAGGUAGGAGCUUGCCUGUUUGUGUUGGCCAUUUACCUCAAAAUUGACAUGUAGGCUCUCAGGAACAUGAAUCCUCUUGGUCUACUGUGGUUAUCAGCAUCUUGCAGGAAGAAUUAAUUCCUUUCAGUCCCCUAAGGAAAUAUGCAGCGACAUUUUCUUAUAGUGCAAUUACUUUAUCCUCCCUCUAAAAUGAGUUCCUUCUGGUUUCUCUAUUACUUUCAGUAAUUUUUGCACAGGAACAGUGCUGCUGUCUACCCCUGCCCUAAGCACAGGAGAGGGAAGGGCUAGGGAGCUUUGAUUGCACAUUAGUGAGAAGUGUAAGCUUUUGUGUGUGGGAGAGAGAGAUAGAGAAGGGUUACCCUGAGUGUAUGAAACUGCCAAAUUGAAGAUUUGUGACAUUGCUGAUGGAUGGAGAGACAAAGGAGCAACCUUCUGCCUUUGCUGAUGAGACAAAAUAGAGUUUGAUGACUUUUUGAGUUUUUAAAACAGUAUGCAGGACAGUCUUUUAAUUAGUGUAUUUCUGUCAAGCAAAGUGAUAAUUAAGGGAAUGACUCUCCAUGUACACUCUAGAAGAUGAUUUGGUAAAGUCCAGCAAGACUAAUGUGUUAUGUUAGGAUAUACUUAUUCUGUCUGUAGAUCUUUGACACCAUCCUAUUCAGGUAGAUGGACCUAAAAAUCAUAGCUUUCAA